CACGCACGGCUCCUCUGAGUACACACCAAACCAACUGAAGCACUAUCGUCAUUCUUCGCCCGUCAGUGAGAGGCAGAGCGGAGCAGACAUCGCUGGGCGCUCCUCCACUCCGUGAACUCGGGACUAAACUGGGAUGCUUUUUACGCACGCUUAACGUCGCCUUUUUACGCGUCUACACCGAAUACAGAAGCGAUUGUGAAUUCGUCUACGUGUGAGCGAAUUUGGAUUUAAUUUGGAGACAGUUUGGAUCAAGGAGAGACAAGAAAUCGUGGAAAUAAAGGGCGGAGCGGACAGGUCGUGUUGGUCUGGCCCAUCAUGCCCGUUGCCUUGACGACAGACAUUAAGUGAACACGUGAAGCUGCUGGGGCCACCUGCUGGGAUGAACAUGCCACUGCACCAGAUCUCGGUCAUCCCCCGAGAGGUCUCCAUGUCCCGGGUAACAGGCAGCACUAAGGCCAAAGACAAGGACAAACAGAAUGAAAAGCCACUGGGUCACUCGGCGAGCAGGUCCAGCAAUAUCUCAAAGGCGGGGAGCCCAACUUCUGUCAACGCUCCAUGUAGCUUCUCGAGAACGUCGGUGUCACCAUCCAGUCAGGACAUCUGCAGCAGUGGGGAUCAGGAGAACCCCAAGCAGACAGCUGUAGUUCUCGUAAAUGGAAAAUCCCAGGAACCAGGAGCGAUUGCCACCAUGUGCGUAAACAUUCCGAUUGCUAAGGCGACGAAACAACACGACUGGCUGUCCUUACUCCGACCAGCCUCCGUGAACAUUCGGCCUCAGAGCGCCCUUCGAUUUUCCAUGUCGCUGAACGAUGUCGGACAACGUGUGGAUAGCCUUUGCCGCGGGUUGAACUUUAUCGACCGAACUUACUCUGACGGAGAACUCGGAGCUAAAACUGACCAAUCACCAGUCAACGAACAAAAAGUCCAAAAUGGAAAACUACCAACCGAAAAUCCCAAUGCAUACUUCUUAGUCCCGUCUCUCACUAACAAUUACAAAUACAUGCUAGCCGUACCACCCGCUAACUCUUUACCGGUCGCCCAAAAUCCAACUUCUACCCUGCACCCCAAUCCCUCCUCAAAUUCCAACUUCCUGCGUAGAUUCCUCCCUUUUUCCCGAUCCUCCACAUCGGCAAGCCUGCAGUGCUCCGAACUCGGAAGCUACACCUCGCAUCUUCACAUUGCCAAGUCGUCCAGCACCCUCCUCGAAAGCAACGAACCCAGCCUAGUCCAUGACGACGUCUCUGGGGAUGAUGACGUAUUUGAGGACGACAGAAAACUUCCGAAACCAAAUCCACUCGAAGUACCGGAUUACAAAGCAGAAUCGGGCACCAUCAACGCUCCGAUGUGCUACAUGGACGAAGAUGCGGAUUUAGAUGGAUGUCCUACGCCCAUGUCGGAGAAAGCAGAGCCGCUGUCGCCGUUCUCUCUGUCGGGGGAUUGCUGCAGGAUCUGUCACUGUGAGGGCGACGAUGAGAGUCCUCUGAUCACACCGUGCCACUGUACAGGCAGCCUGCGCUUCGUGCACCAGGGCUGUCUGCAGCAGUGGAUCAAGAGCUCCGACACGCGCUGCUGUGAACUCUGCAAGUACGAGUUCAUCAUGGAGACCAAGCUCAAGCCGCUACGCAAGUGGGAGAAGCUUCAGAUGACGGCGAGCGAGAGGAGGAAGAUCAUGUGCUCCGUCACUUUUCACGUCAUCGCCAUCACCUGCGUCGUGUGGUCCCUGUACGUGCUCAUCGACCGGACCGCUGAGGAGAUCAAGCAAGCCGGAAGAAUCCCAGGCGCCUGUGUGUUACACCUGUCGUGUUCUCUUGUGUCCUCCUCCGCAGGGAUCCUGGAGUGGCCGUUCUGGACCAAACUCGUGGUGGUGGCGAUUGGCUUCACUGGCGGACUGGUCUUCAUGUACGUCCAAUGCAAGGUCUACAUCCAUCUAUGGAGGAGACUCAAAGCAUACAACCGCGUCAUAUACGUUCAGAACAGGCCAGACUCGUGUAAAAAGCUAGCCUUGGACAAACCGAUUCUCAUGGAACCCAAUCUGGAGAACAAAGAGGCGCUGGCACCUACCCAAUCGGACACAAACUCCUCCCAGUACACGGAGACGGAGGAGUACUGCAUGGAAGUGGUCAACGUCUGACCGCCAUGUUGGGGAAAAAUACACUUGAAGGAUCUAAGAAAGUAAUCUGUCAUUAAAACGUAAAACAAGCAAACUUUUUUUCUGACCAUUUUAAGACUUUCAAAAUGGUCACUUGUAACAAUUUGAUCUCAAGAGAUAAAAGACUCUACCGAGGUCUAAAAACGUCCAUUUCUUGGUUGUGGAUUUGUUGUCAAUGGAUCGACGUAUAUGUAGGUUUGAGUUUUUGAGAAUUCCGAGCCAGUUAGUCCCGUUGACAUUCCGACUCACUAAAUAAAGUGGCAACCGGGAUGAUUCAGAGCGAACGCCAACCCUGGAUUUGUGGGUCUUGUGGUUUAGCGUCAAAGCACUUUUGUUUUUAUUAAGUUAGAACGAAAUGAAAUAUCAUUUCAAUGUAAUUUUUGGGGGAUAUCGUACGAUAACGACAUCGGAUGAUGAAACGGAAUUAUGGAUCUACAAACGGAAUAUUUCAAUUUGGGAGUUUUGGACGCAAAAUGGAAUUCUGUGUAAUCAUGAUUCCAGCAUCCUACUGAACAGGCGAAUGUAAACUUUUCAAAAAGAAAAAAAAAAAAAAGGAACUUUUUGUACGAUAUGACAAGAAGUACAAUAUUAUUUCAGUCUUGGGGGGGUUCGUGAAUGCUACAAUGUGAUAAUCCACGUGCAGUUUUGAUAUGCCUUCAGAAAUCCACUGCUGCUUUUUUAAGUCCGUACAACUCCCUUUUGUUUUCCGACGUUUGAUCCCCGGAAAAGUAGACGAAUGCAAAUGAGUUCUUUGAUGCUACACACAGACAGGCUCUUCUUGACUUUGGUUUUCGCACAGUUCAAAAGUAGACAAAUUUGCAGACAGAAGUGAUGUUCAGACAUGACAUUAACAGCUUAGUGAAUGUGAGUGUUGUUAGUGAAGCGCGUCUCGUCUGCCUGGGUGCUAUCACAUGGUGUGGGGUGAGCUAUUGCAGUGGGAAUGGCAGCACCGCUAGCUGCAGAGAGAUGAUUACAUCUGCCUUUUGUGGCCUGUAAAAUGGAUGCUCUGACUUUGCUUUGGCUGUGUUUAACAUCAUUCAGUAUAGUUCCUUUGUAUUCCUCAUAUAAGCAGGCAAAAUAGUGAGCUAGAUUUGAUUUGAUCUGAUAUCUUAAAGGUACAUUAUGUAACUUUACUGCCACCUGGAGAUGUUAUUGUUUUGUGAAGGAUGUUCCACAGUAUAGCUUUAAACCUGUCCAUCUUGCAUGUAUUCAUUUACACGUGUUGAAAAACAUACAAACUUAAAGUGAGUGGGGUCGCCUUUCCACUGAUCUGAUCUAUAACUUGGGCUGGUAGUGUCACCUGCUUGUGUGGAGACAGGCAGGUGUAUGUUCACUACUAUAUUGUGGAACAGUACAGACAAAGCAAUAACAUCUCCAUGGAGACGCAGUCGGCAUAGAAGACUCUCCACUAGAAAAGUUACCGAGUUACCUUUUAAUCUUAAAGCCACACAAAUACCAAGUUUUGUUUGUGAAUUCUUGAAGUAAUUUGAACUUUUACAAUAGAACUUGGAUGUGCUUUUAUUUUUUAUUAUUUCUUUGUUCACUUUGCACUUUGAGGUAUUUAUUCCUGCACAUGUAUUGUAUAUGUAAUGUGUAGCAUCCUUGACUAUUGUAAAUCUGCUAUUCCCAACCAACCACCAAUUAAUAAUCUAAAUGACUGGUAAAAAAUGCAUUUGUUUCAACAAUUUGUCCAUGAAAAUCAUGAAUGCCGCUUAUUUAUUGUCUGCAUAGAGAGUAAUUAGGAAUGAGUCAUUGAACACAGCCUUGGUAACAUCCAUCUAUAGAAGCACAUGUGAAUAGUACAAGUACUUAGCACAUUCAACCUCUGCAAUAAAAACAAUGCAAUAUAUCACGUGGACUGCAGGUUGUAAGGGGCAUACCUGAAGAUGGGCAGAAGAUGGCUCCCUCUGCAGGUGGAAGAGUAUCAUUGCAGUGGAUUUCUGACGGCACUUUUUUGGAGCUUUGUGAGUGCUUUAUGUCUGUCAAGAGCACAGCGACACCAAGCAUUUUUAAACAACUUUGAUACCACUUUUCUCUGUAAGCAGCCGACCCCACUCCUGCUCAUAACUGCUCAGCGCCAGCAGCAAUAACUCAACAAUAAUGAUCGAUAUUUGAAGUUUUGUGUUCUAUUGACUUGACUAAAAACUCCAUUACCCACAAUGCAGUGCGGUUAGACAGAUAAAAAGUGCAAUUAUGAAUGAUUUUGUUGUUCUUCUGUUCUAGUCCUGUAUGGUGUUUCAUGUCCAGGGUGGACUUAUUAUUAUUUCUUCUUUUUGUGUUGUAUUUAUUUUAAAAAGAGAUUUAAAGAGAGUUUAUUGGUUUAAUAUCCCGUCAUGAGUGAUUUUAUGCAUCUUACAAGUGCAUUGUUCAGGAAUAGAGAGAUUUUUUUUAAACGUCCAUGUUUUAGAUAUUUGUAGGAUUAUGUUCAUUAAUAUAUUAACUUAUUUCGGUUAAUUUAACAGUGGUAUGGAAUGGUCACAAGUCACAUUGCACAAAGAUGACCGCAGUUAUUGAAAACACACAAAAUUAUUUAAGACACGAUACAAACAAUGCAAUAAAAAUCCAAAAUUGAAAGUCAUUUUUUUAAACAAACAGUGUAUUAGGAAAAGCAAAUAAAAGGAUUCAAACAACAAACCCAUAAAUACAAAAUUGUCUAAAUGGAAACCUUUACAAACUGUUAUUUUCUCUUUUUUUCUUUCUCAAUGUUCCAAUUUAUUUUAUGUCACUCUUUGUUGUUGAACUUUGAAAAUUGUCAUUGUAACUUGCCCUUUGAGGCCACCGUACAUUGCUUUUUUUACUGUUCUACUCAAAGGAGCUGGCUCCUGCUGGGGCAAAGUCACAGUGCGGUCUUGAUGCUAACAUAAUAAUAUGCUAGCAUUCUCUUUGCCUCUUUUACUUAACGCCGUCCCACAAGACAUCGAGCUUUUAUCAUCUCAUGUUUAAUCGUACAGAGAAGUGUGACCCACAUAAAGCUGUUUGUUUACUACUGAGUGGACAGUUCCCUUCACAUCACUCCACUACUUUGUCUGUGACCUUUUCUUUGAUAGUAACUGUAAAGAAUUUGGUAAAUAAAAAUGUACAUCUGUUUUUAAAUAAAAUCUUGAUGUGUUUUCAGUUUUCCCAUGUUUGAACAAAGUAUGUAGAAUUAAAAGAACAACCAAAUAAA